AUGGAUCCUUACGACAAUGUUGUUGGUGGUAGACUAAAGCUCAGGAAGAAGGUUAAAAAGGUAUGCAAAUCUGAACUCCAAAAUGACAGUGGUACAACAUUGCAACGGACCACUGGUUCUGGAAGAAUUGUAUCUUCUGGCAAUACUGUACAAGGCUUUGAAACUAAAUUUAUGGAUGAAGCACAGAGUGGCGAUUUUAUAAUAAUCAGACAUCCACAAACGCAUGUAGAAGAGGAACAAAAAAUUAUAUACAUAAUGAGCCAAAGGUCAUUGAAUAUCGCAAAUCCCUUUUCCAGUGAUCUAAUAACGACAACCAAUUUUUAUAUAGGUAAGCCAGUGACUACUACUCCCGGAGAACAGGUGUUCGGUAAAUCUAAAGUAAAGAUGCGACAAAAGGCGGGGAUUUGGAGUUAUAAAACAAUAACGAAGGAAGUUACCAGGCCAUUAACAGCGGAAGAAAGGUUGGAUGAGAGGACCAAGCUAGGGAGAGAUAAGUAUUGUUGGUGA